AUGAGUCUGCCAGUGUCUGUAUUAUCAACCAUCGACCAAACCAUUCCGUCACAGCAGCCUCCACGGUUCGAUGAUUUGACAGACGCUCACCACGAUCCGCAGUACUGGCGCACCAAUUUUUCUUCGUGA